UCCUCCUCCUCUUCUUCAUCCUCCUCCUCCUCAUCCUCCUCUUCAUCCUCCUCCUCUUCUUCAUCCUCCUCCUCCUCUUCCUCCUCCUCAUCCUCCUCUUCAUCCUCCUCCUCAUCCUCUUCUUCAUCCUCCUCCUCCUCAUCCUCCUCUUCAUCCUCCUCCUCUACCUCCUCCUCCUCCUCCUCCUCCUCCUCUUCAUCCUCCUCCUCCUCAUCCUCCUCUUCAUCCUCCUCUUCCUCCUCCUCCUCAUCCUCUUCUUCAUCCUCCUCCUCCUCCUCCUCCUCUUCAUCCUCCUCCUCCUCUUCAUCCUCCUCCUCCUCCUCCUCCUCCUCCUCUUCAUCCUCCUCCUCCUCCUCCUCAUCCUCCUCGUCCUCCUCCUCAUCCUCCUCCUCCUCCUCCUCCUCCUCUUCUUCAUCCUCCUCCUCCUCAUCCUCGUCUUCCUCCUCCUCCUCCUCAUCCUCUUCCUCCUCCUCCUCCUCCUCCUCGUCUUCCUCCUCCUCCUCCUCCUCCUCCUCCUCCUCCUCCUCCUCCUCUUCUUCAUCCUCCUCCUCCUCCUCCUCAUCCUCCUCCUCCUCCUCCUCUUCCUCAUCCUCCUCCACCGCCUCUCUGACCACCUAG